UCAACUUGUAAAUUACGAAGAAAGUUUCAUCUCAAUGGUUUGUACAACCCUGGUGAUGUUACUCUAGGUGGGCUGUUUGAGGUACACUAUACUUCUGUCUUCCCUGAAUGGACAUUUACCUCAGAGCCACAUCAGCCGAGCUGCAAAGGCUUUGACACUCAAGGGUUCAGGCAAGCCAUGACGAUGGUCUAUGCUGUGGAAGAGAUCAACAGACACUCCAACCUGCUACCUAAUGUGACUUUGGGAUAUAGUCUUUAUGACAACUGUGGCGCACUUGUUAUUGGAUUUCGUGCUGCGUUGGUGCUGGCCAGUGGUCAAGAGGAGCAGUUUCUUCAGGAUAACUGUUCUGGGACACCUCCAGUACUGGGGAUUGUGGGUGAUUCCUACUCAACAUUUUCUAUUGCCACCUCCAAUGUGCUAGGUUUAUUCAGACUGCCUAUGGUGAGUCAUUUUGCCACAUGUUCCUGCCUGAGUGAUCGGAAACGGUUUCCAUCUUUCUUCAGAACAAUCCCAAGUGAUGCUUUCCAAGUGCGUGCUAUGAUUCAGAUUCUUAAACGCUUUGGCUGGACCUGGGUAGGCCUUCUGGUCAGUGAUGAUGACUAUGGACUCCAUGUUGCCCGAUCCUUUCAAUCUAAUCUGGCUCAGUCCGGUGGAGGUUGUCUGGCCUACUCAGAGGUUUUGCCCUGGGGCAAUGACCCCACUGAACGUAGGAGGAUUGUGGAAGUGAUGAAGAAAUCAACAGCUCGUGUGGUUAUGGUUUUUGCACAUGAAAUCCACAUUUAUCAACUAAUGGAGGAGGUGGUGAGGCAGAAUGUGACAGGCCUGCAGUGGAUGGCUAGUGAAGCCUGGACCUCAGUUGAUGUACUCCAGACCCCUGCUUUCAUGCCAUACCUGGGUGGCACCCUGGGCAUUGCCAUCCGUCGAGGAGAAAUAGCAGGAUUCAAGGACUUCCUCCACAGAAUACAACCUGAACAAUACCACAACAACUAUGGAAACAGUAUAGUAAAUCAAUUUUGGGAAUUCAUAUUUCAGUGUAAAUUUGCACCACCUCCAGCAGGUUGGGUUGAGGCUGGCGGAGCACUGUGCAUUGGACAGGAGGAUCUUCACAAUGUGGAGAGUGAGCUGUUUGAUGUUUCAAACCUUAGGCCAGAGUACAAUGUGUAUAAGGCUGUGUAUGCUCUGGCGUAUGCCCUUGAUGACAUGCUGCGGUGUGUGCCAGGUAGAGGGCCUUUCAGCGGGCGCAGCUGUGCCACUUUACAAAGACUAGAACCAUGGCAGCUGGUCUAUUAUUUGGACAAAGUAAACUUCACCGAACCAUCUGGGGAUCAAGUGACAUUUGAUGAGAAUGGUGAUGCCUUACCAGUCUAUGACGUCAUGAACUGGUUGUGGUUCCCUAAUGGAACAACAAAGAUUCAGAAUGUGGGUGAGGUUAAGGAGUCAGCCAAAGGUAGAGAACUAACACUUCAUGAAGAUAAAAUUUUCUGGAACUUUGAAUCCAAACAGCCCCCCCGGUCAGUAUGCAGUGAGAGCUGCCCCCCAGGCAGUCGCAUGGCCAGAAAAAAGGGGCAACCUGUCUGCUGUUUUGACUGCAUACCUUGUUCUGAGGGAAAGAUUAGCAAUGAAACAGACUCCAUGGAGUGCACCAGUUGUACAGAAGACUUCUGGUCCAACCCCCAGCAUGACCAAUGUGUUCCUAAGAAAAUUGAGUUCCUCUCCUAUCAUGAGCCUCUGGGUAUCUGUUUGACAACCGCCUCAUUGCUGGGCACAUUAUUCUGUACUUUUGUCCUGGGGAUUUUCAUCUAUCAUCGCAGCACACCCAUGGUACGCGCCAACAAUUCAGAACUGAGUUUCCUGCUCCUAAUCUCAAUCAAACUAUGUUUCCUGUGUUCACUGCUGUUCAUUGGCCGCCCAAGACUAUGGACAUGCCAGUUGAGACACGCAGCAUUUGGAAUUAGCUUUGUACUUUGUGUUUCAUGCAUCCUAGUUAAAACAAUGGUUGUUGUGGCUGUGUUCAAGGCCUCCAAACCAGGAGGUGGAGCCAGUCUGAAGUGGUUUGGUGCUAUGCAGCAGAAAGGGACAGUUCUGGUUCUUACUUCUAUUCAGGGAGCAAUUUGCACUGUUUGGCUUGUCUCCUCCUCACCAGCUCCUCAUAAAAACACUCAAUAUCACAAUGACAAGAUAGUUUAUGAAUGUGUAGUAGGGUCAACAAUUGGGUUUGCAGUGUUACUUGGUUAUAUUGGCUUAUUGGCUAUCCUUAGCUUCCUGCUAGCAUUUCUGGCAAGGAAUCUCCCAGACAACUUCAAUGAGGCUAAGUUCAUCACUUUCAGCAUGCUGAUCUUCUGUGCUGUGUGGGUGGCAUUUAUCCCUGCUUAUGUCAAUUCACCUGGUAAAUAUGCAGAUGCAGUGGAGGUAUUUGCCAUAUUGGCCUCUAGUUUUGGCCUCUUGGUGUCAUUGUUUGGACCCAAAUGUUACAUUAUCCUGCUGAGACCUGAGAGAAACACAAAGAAAGCAAUCAUGGGUAGAGCCACUCCCAACACAUAA